AUGAGAAGCCGCGUCCCCCUCGCAACGCCACCGCUCUCCUCCUCCUCCUCGUUUCUCUCGUUGAUCCACCGCUGCUCCACCCUCAAGCACGCUCAGGCGUUCCACGCCCGCUUCAUCUCCCUCGGCCUCGUCCGCUUCGCCUACGUCACCAGCCGCCUCCUCGCCCUCUACGCUCUCCACGACGCCGACUGCGCCCAUCAACUCUUCCAGCGCAUCCGCCAUCCAACCGUCUUCGACUGGAACGCCGUCAUCCGCUCCUACUCCACCAGCCCCUACCCCCACCGCGCCCUCGCCUCCUACGUCCGCAUGCGCCGCCGCGACGUCGGCCCCAACGCCCGUACCUUCCCCUUCGUCGUCAAGUCCUGCGCGGCCCUCUCCGUCCUCUCCCAACUCCACGGCCAGCUCUUCCGAUUCGGCUUCCACCUCGACGUCUUCGUCACCAGCUCGCUUGUGAGCACCUACUCCAGUUUAGGCUCCGUCGAUAUCGCCGCCAAGGUGUUCGACGAAAGUCCUAACCCAAAUGUGGUCUCCUGGACCAGCCUCGUGAGCGGCUACUCCACCCACGGAAUGGUGGACAAGGCACGCAGCGUGUUCGAUCAAAUGCCGGAGAGGAACCCCGUCUCAUGGAGCGCCAUGAUUGCGGGCUACGUCCGCAACGAACGCCACCGAGAGGCGAUCCAAUUGUUCCGCGAGCUGAAGCGGCGUGCGAUCGCAGAGAUAAGCGACGCUGUUCUCGUGAGCACUCUGAACGCUUGUGCGAGCCUCGGGGAGUACGAGGAGGGCAGAUGGAUCCAUUCCUUCAUCGAAAUGAACGGGACGAAGCACCAGUACGAGCUUGAGCUGGGGACUGCUCUGGUGGGCUUCUACUCCAAAUGUGGCUUCGUGGACAGCGCGCGAGAGGUGUUCGACAGAAUUCCUCACAGGGAUGUGGCCGCCUGGAGCGCUAUGAUCAUGGGCCUGGCGCUAAACGGAGACUGCCUCUCGGCGAUCGCUGCAUUUUCAGAUAUGAUAUCGCGAGGAGUGAAGCCGAACGCGAUCACCUUCGUCGGCGUCCUGACGGCCUGCGGCCACGGCGGGCUGGUCGACGAAGGGCGGAAGCUUUUCAGGGACAUGGUGGCGGUGUACGGCGUGCGGCCAACGGUCGCGCACCUUGGGUGCAUGGUGGACUUGCUGAGCCGAGCGGGGCACACGGCGGAGGCGGAGAGGCUGGUCGAGGCCGUGCCGGCGGAGGCGGAUGGGGCGGUUUGGGGGGCGCUUCUCAGCGGGUGCUUGAUGCACGGGGACUACGAGCGCGGGGAGCGAGCCGGGAGGCGGGUGGUGGAGUUGGAGCCUAUGAAGAGCGGAAGGCGCGUCGGGCUGGCGAAUGUGUACGCUUCGAUGAGGAGGUGGGACGGAGUCGAACAGGUGAGGAGGGAGAUGAGGGCGCGACGAGUGAGCGCCGCCAUCGCUCGGAGCUCCGUCGAGGUCGGUGGAGUUGGCCAAAGGUUCGUGGCUGAUGUGUUUACGCGAGUAAAAAAGGAAAAAGACAAAAAAGAAGGGUUCCAGCGCCUCGUUCUCCACCAGUCUACGCGGCACCUUCCAUCCUCCGACGCCGCGAGCGGCGGCCCGGCGAGGUAGAAACUCUUUGCCCGCCUAGGGCUUCGAGGGUUCCGGCGAUGGCUCCGCUACACGAAUGGGAGGCCACGGCUCGAGAAGCGAGCGAGAUGAAGAGAGAGGCCAACGUUUACGAAAGUUUUGACGACCGCCGUACGAGUGGUCCUGAGGCGGCGCGGGGAUCCGACGGCAGAAAUGCGGGCGUGAGCGUAGUUGGCGGAGGAAUGAGGAAGUUGCAGGUGAUUAUCCGUGCGAAAAAUUGUAGGGAAUCCAGCAAAGGGGGAAAAGGUAGGUAAGUUGCCGCACGGCGUGUUGAGAUUGUUCGGCAGCAAAGAUGCGGCACUCGGAUCUGCUC